AUGAAAUAUAAAAUUUUAAUUUUAUUUUUUAUUCUUUUUAUAAAUUCAUCAAGUGUAUCAUUAGUGAAUUCUAGUAUUGUGGAUGUAUCAAAUAUAACCUAUUGUCCACCACCAUUAUUAUUUAAAAAUAGUUCAAAUUAUGUUGAAGAUACAAAAAGAGGAUACCAUUUCGUUUCAGUUAAUGGCACUGUGGUAAAUUGUAUACAGCCAUGUCCAUCUUUAUACUUUGAUUAUAAAGAAGAGUGGCAAAAAAUGAUGAAUAUGGCAUUGGUUGUGGGAACAUUCAGUUUUUUCGCAUCAGUUUUUUUAAUUUUAACCUAUUCACCAUUAUUAAAUAAGAAUUAUAGAAAUAGACAUACUAUUGGUAUAUUGGCAAUGUUUUUUGGUAUAUUUUUGAUCAUGUUAACCGAUGUAUGGAAUUUGGAAAAAAGAUUCGAAGUGGGUUGUCCAGAGAUAGGAAGAUAUUCAAGACAGAGUGAUCCAGAGUGUGGUGCAACAGGAAUUAUAUUUCAAUUUGGUUGUGUCAGUGCUGUAAUUUCAUGGACCGUUUUAGCAUUCGAUUUAUACUUUUCAAUAAAGAAAAUACAAUUCAAAGCAUUCGACAAAUAUUAUUUGGUAGUUAUAUAUGCUUUUAGUUUAAUUUUAACAUUUGUACCAGCUAUUGGAAAACAAUAUGGAUACACUGAAUUUGCAUUAGGUUGUUGGAUUUUAGAUUUUCCUUAUCAAAUUUCAUGUUUUUGGUUACCACUCUCACUUUGUUUAAUUAGUAGCACUGUUGUAGUUUUAAUGAUUUUAUUUGAAGUAUAUAAAAUUAUCAAGGUAUCGAAUCAGAAAUCAUCUAUAAAGGGUCAUAUUAAACCGUUGUUGUGUUUAAUUUGUAAUUGUUUGGAGUUUUUUUAUAUGUUUGGGUACAGUCUAUUCCUUAAGACUCAAAUGGAGGAGUUAGAAAAAGGAAUGGAUGACUAUAUAUAUUGUUUAUUAGAUAAUGCCACAAGCACUCCAGGAUCAUUCGAAUGUAAACCAAAGAAACUCGGUAUGACCGCUCAAUUCAUUUUCCUCAUAUCCCUUAGAUUACUUGGCGUGUCAGGUAUUGCUUUUUUUGGUUUUAAUAGUAGAGUAAAAAAAAUUUGGUUAGAUUCUAUAAUUUUUAAUAAUAGAUUUAUGCGUAAAUACUUUAGUCUUUCAUCUUCAUCCAACACACCAAAUUUCUCAGGAAAUAGAAAUAAUAGAUUUAGUAUUCAAUAUAACAGCGGAAAUAGCAAUAAUAAUAAUAAUAGUAACAGUAUUAAUUUAAAUAGUAACUAUUGUGUAGAAACACCAGAAGGUGAUCCUUAUUAUAAUAAUUCAGAAACUCCAGAUGGAUCAAAUGAACCAACUACAAUCGAACUACCUGUAGUAAACAAUGAUAAUCAAGAAAAUAAUAUAAAUACUGUAAAUGAUAGUAAUAAUGAUAAUAGUAAUAAUAAUAAUAAUAAUAAUAAUCAAGUGUAA